GAUUUAUUUCAUGUCAGUUAAAAAAGAUACAUACAGCAAAAUUCUUAAAAUGAGGAAAAAUUCUGUAAUUUUUGUAGUCACAGUAGCUUUCGUCUUAUUUAUCACUCUUCAGGAGCCGGUGUGUGCCACCAAAAACUACCUCUGGGGCGAGAUUGGGGUCAAUGACUACAAGCUAGCCAAGGAUACAAUCAAAAAGGCAUUUUUUGUUGGUCUUGUACAAACAAAGAAAUAUGUUUUUAAACAGUCGGACAACCUAGAUGCGUUAACGAUUACCGCCAUUCAAAUCACUGACAAGAAGAAAAAUAAUGGAGCCACUGCACAACUAAUUAGCGGUGGCCCUGGUUCGAAGGGUGCUACCAUUUUAUUUGAAUCUGAGCGUGGCUAUGGCAUUAACGAUUUGGUUGAAAUAUGGGGCCGAUAAAAUAUAAAGAAUUGAAAAUUCACUUUCUCCAUAAUAAAUGAGAUACGCAGC